AUGGAAUCACUGAUGGCUCCCAAACCGUUCGCAGGCAACGACUCUGCUGCUAUUCUCGAUGGUUACGGUAAUGCCUCGUUGUCGUCGUCGAUUCGUGUGUUCUAUCCGAUUGUUCUGUUCAUGUCAAUGCUAUCAAGUGGAGAGUCAUUCGGUAUGCUUCAGCUAUGCUCCAGCUUGCCUUCAUUUCAAUGCAACUUCCUUAUCUACCUCUUAAUUGCUUAUAAAAUGCAACGUAUUGAUAGGAACUAUGAUAGGAUUUUCGACACAACUGAGGAAGGAAGCUGUCAUUGUUAG